AGAUGUUGAUGGGAGGAGGGGGUGGGGGGAACACAGUCCCGAGGACACACGGAGUCAGAGAACACGAAUGAUGAAGAGGGCGUAUGGUACGAUGUUAUGUGGGGCUGCAGAUGCACAGUAAAGAGAGGUGGAGAAAUGCAAAACAAAGAGGCAGAGACACAACAGUAGGUGAGCUUGAGCAGACCUCUGUCCAGCCACUGUUACGAGACACUUGACACAUUGUACAAGUGACAUGGCCACCAUGCUGCCCUGGAGGAUGAUCGUUGUUGGUCUUUUCUACUGCUAUAUCAAGGCAGGUGUCACACAAUAUCAGACUAAAGCCCUGUUCCCAGCUGCAAGCAGAAUAAAAAGAGGGGUAGCACAUGGGGUGAACCCUUCUUUCCACAACUCCUUUGAUGAUGUUCAUCUACUAUUUGAGAUUCUACUGGCUGGCGUACACUUUGAUGCCAACGGAGAGUUUUCAGUGAAAGAUGCCGAGCUGGCUUCCCUCCGCAAGACACGAAACCUGGAGGUCAUCUGUGAGGAGACUGUUCCCCGGAAGCUAACAGACAUUUUCAGGCUCAUCUCUGGCCUUUCAAAUCGUAUCGGUCGGCUGCAUCAGGAGGAUUUCGAGCGCACUUUGCUGACCUUGGUAUACAUUACCCAGCAGAUGGUCAACGCUACUACUGAGCAUCAACGAGAUGUAUGGGCGGAGUCUUUUGUUAGCUUGUACAAAGCCGUCAAGCAGGAUCUGACAGAGACAAACUGA